AUCUCAAGAUUUCUACCCUGCACCUCCCUCGAAUUUGGGUAUCUGCUACAACCCUGAUUGUUGUGGUUUCCCCUGUUUGUGUCAAAAAGCAAAAACUGACUUUCAACUAAUAUACAUUAGUGAAAAAGAACAUUAUUUUGUUUGUUAUUAUAGGAGCAAAGUUCUAUAUACCAGCGUGUAUUAAGGUAUAAGGAGCCUCCAGACCCUGUUAAUGGGUUUUGCUUGUUGAGGGAUGGGUGGGGUCAGCAACAAAAUAAAUCUAUUAAGAUUUUGGAAAUUCAGUACAGUUAUCCAGAUUUUCCAAAUUACCCCCAAAAAAUAUAUGUAUGGACAUUUUGCAGCCUACAUUUUUUUGUGUAUGUUGUUGAUAAUUAUAUUACGUCUUAUUUAAAAUGACAUGUUAUAAAUUAACACCUGAAUUUUUUAAAAAGGUUCAACGUGAUCUUAUCUUCAUAAUUAGAGGUGAACAUUUUUUUUUCUACAGUAUCCCUUGUGUUAACAGUUUUAUUUGUGUUAAUGCUUCAUUUAAAUUGUAAACUUGCAAUCUUGUAUUGCUAAACUGUUCAAGUCCUUUUAUAAUAUGAGUUUUCAACUACAUGAUGUAAUAUGUUUCAUUUAUUUAUUUUAGGAUGGGACUUCUUAAAGAAUAUAUUUUCUUUUAGAUAUCAGUUUUAUUUCAAUACCCACCAAUCACUUCCUGUGAUCAAAUUCGUUAGAGUUUUCAAAAUAAUUAUAUUUUUUUUCAUUGUUUUGACUGAAAAAAAAAUUUCCAAUGAAGUAGAAGCAAACAUUUGAGAUGUUACUUGUAUUUUUUAUUGUCUUUUUAAAAGUGAACCAGACCUUUUUACUAAAGCUAACUUUUUUUAUAACUUUUUUAAUUUAAUUUUUCUAAAUUUUUUGAGCUAGCCUGUGAAAUUUUAUUCUAAAAAAAGACCUAGUAAGUUUGAAUUCACAUAUCGUUUCCAGUCUCUUCUUAUUCACAUUAUAGAUGAAUUCGGUUAUAUACAGGUGUGUUGAUGUCUCUUGGCUGGGAUUCUGGCCACCAACAAUUUCAAGUUUGUUAUUAAUAAUGGAUGGAUGAGAAAAUGUCAAAAGCACUAAGAUACAAAUGAAUGUACAGUGUUGCUGCGCCACCUCAAAACCUUAUUUAUCCUCCAAUUUUCUCCAAGAGUAGACUUUCGAACAAAUUUUUUCUCAAAUCUCCUCAAUUUAUCUGUUAUGGUUAGCCAAUAUUAUUAUUUUCAAAAUGCAUAAAGUGCUACAAAAAUAAUUUGUUUUUUACUUGUAGUGUUACCUUUAAAACCUUCCUAAUUACUCUAGAAAAAUAUAAAAUUUUAUUAUUUUUGUUUUUAUGUUACCCUCAUCUUCACAAAAAAGCUUGAAAAAUCUUACACAAAGUAGGUGUAGGUUGCACAGCUAUAACAUGAUCACUAUGUUAAAAAAAGACAGUUUCAACUUCAGAAGAACAAGGAUUGAUUGUGCUCUAAUCAAAAGGUUAGGUUUCUUUUUUACUUUUCUGGGAGUGUUCUUGAAUGUAACAAAGUUCAAAAGAUAUUUUAAUAAUUAAUUUUCAUUUUGUUUUUUAUAUAUUAGUUGAUAACCCUCUAAGAAAGUUGUCAAUUGUUUAAACUAAAACAGAAAAAGUUGUCAUUGUUGCCCAGUUACAAUUUUUUAUAAAUAUUUUAUUUACUCCAGUGGAGGUAGCAGGUUGUCUCAUUGUUAUGAAAAGAAUUAACAAUUUUAUAUUCUUCCUAUAAUUCAUCAACUUUAAGAUUCAAGAGUUCUAGGUUACCAUAUUGUUGAUUUUUGUACUUUUUUCUAAAAAAAUAAAAAUUAUUUAGUGUUGACCUGUAACAAAAAUGCCUUGCAAUUAGCUUGAACAAACUGGUGUUGCGAAUGAUGAAUUGUAAAGUGAAAAAAGUAUUUUUUUGGGGUGUUGUAGUCACACUUGUGUGUUGCAAUGAUGCGCAAACAUUUAUGGCAGAAGUUGUUGGCAAUGGAUUGGUGCAACUUACUUUUGAUAACUCUGUUGGAGGAGGUGUAGGAACAGAAGUGAUCGUGAAAGAGAAUGGGGAAUUGGAAAGGGGAACAGUGGGAUUGUUUAGAGAUAUGAGCUAUGUUAUUCAGGAUGUAAUGGUUUUUCUUGUGGAAAUAAAUGCUGAAGAAGGUGAACAUCCCUUCAGUUUUAUGAUGAUAUAUCAUGACAAGUCAUAUGUACAGGCUGUGACACUGCACACAACGGGUGAUGUAAUGGAUGGCACCGCUUGCCAAGAAAUACAAAUAGUGCCUGCUUCUCUUACCCACUCACUUAUUCGAGGUUAUGCUUUAUUUUCUAAUGACUCAAAGCCACCUGCAAGCACAACUAUCGAAAUGGCGCCAUUAAAUGGUUCACUGUUUGCGAAUGAGAUUAAACAGUUAGAUGUUAGAAAUGUGGAACUUGGAACUGAUAAUGUUACUUACAUUCCAUUCUUGUUUAAUCUGACAAAUGUUUUGACACAAUAUUAUUUUGUGCAGUUUACCUGUAUUGAAAGUGAGGUGCAAAAAGUCAGCUAUGUGAAAGAACAAGAUGUAUUUUUUAAAGAAAUUGUUAACGUUUACGCUGACUCCCAAGAACUACCUUAUUUUUCAUUUGUUGGUGGAAAAAAUGUGGAUUUCAGAAUCGAUAUUAAGACAAUCCUACACUUAAAGAAUCCGGUUGUUAAAUUUAUUUACAAUGAUGCUGGAGUUUUUUCUGCUAAACUCACCAACUACACAAACAAUUUCCAAUAUACCCUUCCUGUUGGCGAACUUAGAAUUUUUGUACUAGAGGAAUCAACUAAACCACAAAUGUACCUGGAACACUAUAAAUUUACAACUGAUAUUCCCAGAAAUAUUGGUGUAAUUUCUCCAGUUCAUGAACACAUAUCCGUGUCAGACGAGUCCCGAAUGAAUUUCUUUUUUGAAUGGACCUUAUCUGAAGGACAGGGUGUUUCGUUUCGUUUGGAAGAAACCUCAUUGAUUGGUAUUCUAAAUGAAACAAUUUUAACCGACAUUGAUGUUAAUGAUUUGUUCGUAAUGCAAGUCAAUUUAUCAGCUCCAAUUGAAAUUAAUGACCCUGGAAUUUUAAAAAUCUAUGCUGGUAAUGGUAGAGUAUCCACGUCAUAUGACUACUUUUUUCAACCAGCUCCACCACCUCCACCCCCACCUGACAUUGGUGAGAUUACAGGUGGUUGGGGACUGUCUCUACCGCGUUCGUCAACUGUCGGGGAAUAUCAAUUUCCUAUUGGUGUAACUGCUGGCCAGAACUUUGAUAUAAUGUUAAAUGAGCGACGUUUCCUCAUGUUGAAUAAUGUCACAGUUGCAACUAAUUUGAACGUUACGAGUGAUUUGUUUGUUGCACUCAUUGAAGUAUCAACAAAUUAUGAUUUGGUUAAAGGUAUCUUUGACCUUUCAAUCUUUUUGGGUAAUAAUGUUGGAUCAAAAUCAUAUAACUUUUCAUUCGAAGGACUAUCUGAGAUAACUACAACAACAACAACAGCAACAACAACAACAGCAACAACAACAACAGCAACAUCUGGAGUAAACAGCGGCAGUGGCCAGGGUCCACAACCACGGCCAACAACAGCAGGACCAACAACAAAAGCAGCCACAACAACCCCAGAAAAAGAAGCUGGUGCUUGUAAUUUUACUUCGCAGGAUAUUGAAAGCAACAAGCUGUUAUACUGCCAAGUUGGUAAAAGCAUUUGUUAUUUUGCGUUGAGAAUGACAAGAGAUGUACCAUGUCAUGUCGAUCUUUCAAAUGGCGAUGAAAUGUUUUCUGCUAAUUGCUCGCCAAGCAAUGUUACAAGUUGCUUGGAAUCUGAAGUUUAUUUCUCUGUGUCUUUUCAAAGCAAUAAUGAAUCUGUUAGUUAUCACUGCAGUGAAAACAGCUCAACAAUUUUGCCAUCAAUAAAUGAGACCAGUCCUAUUGAAGUGUCAAAUAUAAGCACUACGAUGGUCAAUGGAAACGUGCUAGUCAACUACACCAACCAUAACAACAGCACCAUCAAUGUAUACGCUGUCUUGUAUGCAGGUAGUAAUGUGGUUUCCCAUGGCAUGUGUUCAUCAGAUGCUAGUCAUUUGCAAAUUCCAUCAGAGAAAUUUUCACCUGGUGUCCAGUACGACUUGAAAUUGUUUUUUAUAAAUUCGCAAUCCUUAAUGAUGAUUAGUAGAUCUCUUUCUCUACUUGAGGCAUCUUCGAAGUCUAUGAAGAAGUUUUACACUUAUUCAUCCAUGUUUGAUCAUCUCUUCCCUGUGUUGAUAGAAACCAAUUUAACACCUCUUUCUGGUGUUAAGUAUGAUUACAAUUGGAUAAUUACAGAACACCAAAGCUCAACGAUUCGUGCACAAUCAACCAAUGAAUCGUUCUUAUUCCUUAAUUCCACAAAGGAGGGUUGCUACAGCGUUUCUGUUGAAGUAUCAAGCUCUGCUACAUUCACUGCUAUUAGUGAGCAGUCAUUUUGCAUGGCGCAUGGUAUGAACGUCUCCUAUCAUAUAAAUUCUGCUCAGCAAUAUCAAACUGCAUCUGUUUUCCAGCUCAAUAUUACAGACAUGGGCAAAGAAAGCUGUAUAUUCUUAGAUUUUAAUGACCCAAUGGACACGACACAGUAUGGAUUAUAUAGCAUAAAUGAAACUCUUGAUGUUGUUAAAGCUAGAUGCGCAGGAAAAGUCCCAAGCGAGCAUUCUAUUAAUUGGAGGUCGGUGGAGUCAUUAUCAGCAACCAGAGGAAUCCACGAAAUUCUGUUGAACCACACUUUCUCCAAAGUAAACAUAUAUAAUGUCAAAUUUGUUGCUGUCAAUUACGUUCAUGAAGAAAUUGUGACAUUGCAGGUUGAUAUAAGAGAUACUCACUGUGAGAGUCCUGAGGUGCAAAUUUUUGGAGCAGGGAUAUCAGAGUUAUAUCCAGUUCAUGUAUUACGGUCACAAAGUUAUUUCAUCGAAUCCAAAAAACAAACCAACUGCAUCUCAAAGAUAUCAAAGUCUCAGUGGAUUAUACACAAUGGGUAUUAUUUCGAUGAAGAAUUCUCCUCAUCUUUACUGAUUACAAGUGAAGUCACUACUCUGCAAAUAUCACCUAACACACUGCCGUAUGGCAUGUAUAGAAUAUGUGUUCAUGUUGAAAUGGUGAUUGAUCCAGUGUUUUAUAAGAAAGCUUGUGGAUAUGUGAAUGUUAUUGCAACACCUCUGUUGGCUGUCAUAGAUGGAGGAGAAGAGGUGCAGCGUAGUUAUGAGUUUGAUUAUUUUAUCGAUGCAUCAAGAUCGUUGGAUCCGGACACGAAAAGCAAAGCUGGAAUGGAAUUCUAUUUCCUGUGUCGUACUCUGGAUGAUCCGCCCUUUGUUAUCACACGCGAAAAUAUCACUAGUCUACGAUACACCUAUCCUUUUUUGUUAAACCCGAACAGUCAUUCAUUUGUUAGUAAAGGUGGUUGCUACGGAACUGGUCCAGGCCGAUUGGAGGCUAAAACAACAGAUUCAAAGAUUGUGCUUAAAUCAAUUGAUAUGAUUAUCAACAAAAUGGUGGAAAUAACUUUGGUUGUCUGGAAAGGUGGAGAAAUUGAAAGAAUAUCACAUGUUAAACAGCGUUUGACGGUGACGCUUGGUGGACCGCCUUCACUUUCAAUAAGAUGUUUGAGCAACUGCCAUCAAAUGAUAAACUAUAACGAAGAACAUAUGUUAUCUGGAGGAUGUUCACGUGACAGUGAAUGUGACGGCGGAAUGGAGUUUCAAUGGUUGCUCUAUUUGUGCAAUAAGACGGGGCAUGGGGACGAGUUAACAUGCGACGAUGUUCCAACUCACAAACUGAACGAAAUGAGCUCCCUUUCUCUUAAUAACUCAUUGUAUUACGGCGCAAAGGCGAGAAUGUAUGAAAAGAGUCGAUGGUAUAAAAUUAGCUUUCGAGGAUAUCGCACUCCCUUUGUGUAUGGCGAAUCGACCAUGUCAUUUUUUGUGAACACACCGCCUGAAGGAGGUGUAUGCAACACAAAUAUUACGAAAGGAAAGGUGACCAUUGAUCCGUUUAAAAUUAGUUGUGAAAACUGGAAUGAUGCUCACAAGCCGCUCAUGUACACAUUUUACGCGAAAAAUAAGGGAAAAACUACAAUGUUUUACCAUGGUUUCCUCAAUACAUACGACAUGUUCCCACCUCUUGGCGACGCAGACAAUGGAUACAAUCUUACCAUCUUUAUGGAGGUGGCUGAUAAAUACAAAGCUACAACAGUCCGCAACGUCACCAUUAAGGUAUCCAUCAUUCCCGAUAUCUCUGACUACGUCUUGAACUUAACUGAGUCAGUUAAAGCGAAUGACUCGGCGUUACAGACAUAUGCAAAGAGUGGAGAUGUCACUCUGCUGUCAAAUGUCCUCACUAUGUACGCGUCACUGGUAAAUCAUAAUUCCAACAAUUUGAAUCAGGAUGGUGAGAAAAAUUUGAGCGCAUCUGAUCAAGCUCGCCAUCACCGUAAUGUGGUCAAUUCUAUAGAGUUACGAGAUGAACUGCUUAAAGCGGCAAAAUAUGUGAAAGUGAAGCGAACAGAGGAUGUGCUGCUUCUUGCUGGAAACAUGGCCUCCGUUGCUGAACACGCCACUGAAAUUUCAUGUGAUAGCCAGUCUAUCCUAAACAACAGAAGUCAAGAAUUCAUUGAUAUAUUGGAUAAAGACGACAAUGUGAGUACGGAGCUGCUACAAGGCAUCUUAACGAAUGUGGUUGAGAUGUCUGGGAAAGUGUUGGAAGUUUCUGGCAUGUCCGUUGAUGUGACGAAAAAUCACAGUCAGUUAGAACCAAUACAGACUGUCAAUAAUAACAAAAAUGAUAUCGCAAAGCAGAGUAUGAAACAAAUAAAUGACUCAAACAUGGUUUUUAAUAAAGCACUCGAUAUUCUUGGUCGACGUGUGUUACCAGGAAGCGAAGCGAAAACAGUCACAAGUGACACAAUCAACAUAGCGUUUGGAAAGGUUUUGACGGCACAGGAAUCUUCAAAAGUCAGUGUGGAAGGAGUGGGCGUACAGUUUAACGCAAGCAUGUUGGCGCCAGAAUCUAAUAACGAUGUUGAAAAGCACGCAAAUUUUGUUUCUGUAAAGGCUAAGAACAUCAAAAAGAAUUUCUACACUUUCGACAAAUCUGCUGAAGAUGUCAGGUCGCAACUUACGAGUAUCGAGUUUGAUUCUAUGGGUGGUAACAAAAUCGACAUAGAGGAAUCCUCGGAACCACUCAUUCUAAGCUUAAGGAAUAACGUGUUAAACGAUAAUCCAGAGAAUCUAACAAUGACGGUAAAGGAACACAACACACAGUGGGCGUAUCAAAAGCUCACUAUGAAAAACGAAAGCUUUCGGGCGGUGAUACGCUCUUUGAAUUACUCAUUGUCACUUAACGUAUACUUAAGAAAAAACGUCCGUCCGACGCCAGAGAUUUACGAUUAUAUGUGGAGAAUUCCUGACAAUACGUCAUGUAGAUGGAAAAACGAGACAAAACAUAACGACAAACCUAUUAAUAUUUUACUCGAUGAUCCAAACGAAUUCAAGUGCGAUAGAGAUGUAAAUGUUAUUUUUUUGAGUGAUACAGAGGAGCUGUAUGGUGAUUAUAUACUAGCUCUUUAUUACUACCCUGAAGCUGACGAAGAUUUAGAUACUGAAGAUACUGAAAAAGAAGGAAAGGAGCGAAGAAGGCGCAACGUGAUUGACACUACCAGAGUGGAUGAAGAAUUUUGUGUAGUAAUUCCGCCCCCGCCACCUACCCCCGCACCAACAGAUCCGCCGGGUAAAUGGGUGAAUGUGAUACCGGUUCCAAAUAAUGAUUCCAUCGAAUACGGGAUUAGUAUUUCCACCGCGAAAUGUAUGUUCUGGAACAAGACGACGCUACAAUGGUCAACGAAUGGUUGUUUUGUUGGUCCUGAAACAACUCCUCAAAAAACACAGUGCGUAUGUAACCAUUUGACUGAUUUUGGUGGCGACGUUUUGGUGGCUCCCAACCCAAUCGAUUUUGACAAAGUAUUUGAAGGCUUAGCAAACUUAGGAGACAAUCUUGGCGUGCUGAUGGUGAUUUUAACAAUCUUUCUACUGUAUGUUAUAUUAAUGAUUUGGGCACGAAAAAAAGACAAGAAGGAUGAGGCUGAGAGAGGAAUCGCUACGAUAGACUGUACAAAUGGAAGGAAAAAAAGAUCCAGUUACAUUGCCACGUUUGUCACAGGUGCUGGGCACGGCGCCGGAACAACAGCCAAUGUAUACAUCGUAAUUUCAGGGAGCAAAUGCGAUUCGAACAUCAUUCCGUUAAAAGUGGAAGGACGAAAAUUUUUUCAAGCUCGGACCACUACUACUUUUCGUAUUUUGCUACCUAAAGAGAUUGGAGAUUUGCAUUUUAUUCGUGUUUUUCAUGAUAAUUCAGGUCCAAGUCCUUCAUGGUACCUUCGUAACAUUGUAAUGACCGACAUUGCGACGAAAAAGCAGUAUCCGUUUGUGAAUGAUUCGUGGCUUGCUGUCGAAUCAAAUGAUGGAGAAAUUGAGAAGCUGCUCCCUGUUGCGAGCGAUAAAGAGCUCGCUGGUUUCCACAUCGUGUUCGCAUCGACCGCUGCAAAAGGACUUCUAGAUGGUCAUAUUUGGUUUUCCGUGUUAACUCGCCCGAAACAAAGCACAUUUACACGCGUGCAACGAUUGUCAUCGUGUCUCGCGUUAAUCUUCCUAACCAUGAUAACAAAUGCCAUGUUUUUCGGUGCCGGUGAUGCACCAGGUGCGAAGAAAACGAUCCGUUUGGGUAAUGUGAUAAUUGAUUUAACUGGCAUUAUUAUCGGUAUUGAAGCGAGUUUUAUCGUGCUUCCGCCGAGUAUGCUUAUCAUUGAAAUAUUUAGAAGACUUAAACCUAAGCCGAAGAAAAAUAACAAGGCGAAGGAAGUUGAUGAAGAAUCGACAAGUAGAGAAGCUGAUGAAGAAGCAAUAGAAAAACACGAAGAAGAAAUGUUGCAAAUGGCAAAUCAAGACGAAACAACCGGCGCCGAAACAACUAAAGAAAAUCAACCAUUUUUGUUUCCUUACAAAUUCAUAUAUUUGGCGUACACGAUCGUAUUUUUAAGUUCCUUUAGUUCGGCUUUGUUUACGUUUUUCUACAGCAUGAUGUGGGGAAAGGAGAAAUCUAACGAAUGGCUUGCGUCUAUGUUUGCUGGGUUUUUUCAAUCCGUGUUGGUCAUUCAGCCUAUAAAAGCUGUUAUUACUGCUGUGCUCUUUGCGUUGAUCUUAAGAAAGCCGGUGGACCAAAAACACGCAGAAACGGAUGAAGAUGACAAAAGUGUCCAGCCGGAAGAAAUCGAAGAAGAUAUAGAUGGAGACGAUGAUAUCAUAACUGCUGAUGAGAUUCCUAUUAUAAGGCCAUCUGAAAGCGCCUUGGCACGUGCGAGAAAGAUAAAACUAAAAGAGAGAAUGACAUGGGAGGUCAUCAAGGAAAUUGUCAUUUAUUUCGUUUUCCUGUUAGUGGUCAGCCGAUUGGCGUAUUCAGAGAAAGAUCCUAACAUGUUUAUGUUGAGGAGAGAUUUGAAGAGCAUGUUUGAUGAUGCGAAAUACUCUGACGGUGGAUUAAAACUGUCUUUGGUGUCCAACCCCGCUCUUUUAUAUUCAUGGCUUCGAGAUACUGUCAUGCCAGGUUUGUUUGCUGGUCCUUGGUACAAUGAUGCGCCACAAAAAGAUUUUGGGUUUAUUGAGAGUAGAGAAAGCCUGAGAAUUAGCAUCCCUAGAUUGCGUCAACAGAGAGUAAAGAAAAUGUCGUGUCCACUCGAUGACGAUAUGUCCGCCAUUAUCUAUCAUUGUGAAGCUCCUUACUCGUUUGAUAAGGAAGAAAAAGGUACAUACGGGGUUGCCUGGAAAACUCAAAACCAUACCAACAGCAGACGUCGUCGCUCGCCCUGGAUUGUCAAUAAAAGAGACAUAAAGGAGAGUUAUUUCAAAGAAAAAAGCCAUAUCAGAGAACGUCGAUCCAGUGAAACAAUUUAUCAGGCUAUGUUGGCAGGUAACGCCGGCUCACUGCGAAGAAGAAAAUCAAGGAAAUUGGUUGGUGGUACCGGAGGGGUUUAUUACGUCACACCGGAAGCUCUACACCCCGAUGGAACUGUCAUAUCAUGUUUGGACAGAUGGGAACAUUUUUCUUCCGAACAACUCAAGGGCUUUCCAUUCUUUGGAAGGCUUGCAAUGUAUUCCGGUGGAGGUUAUGUGGCCAACUUGGGAUACAACGAGGAAACGGGUUGGUCAGUGGUUGCUGAUUUACAUGCGAAUAAUUGGCUAGACAAACAAACACGUGCAGUGUUCGUGGAGUUUACUGUAUAUAACGCUAAUGUUAACCUAUUUGCAGCUGCCUUUUUGUACAUUGAAGUUUUACCAACAGGUGGUACGUUUCCGUUUAGUGACUUUAAGGUCUUUAAUGGCUAUCGAUACGCGUUGAAUUCCAACACUGCGAGUCGCCUAACCGAGCUCGCGUUUCUAAUCUUUGUCAUUUAUUUUGUUUCAAAAGAAAUUAAGAAAAUGAUUAAACAGAAACGUGAUUAUUUCCGAGGUUUCUUUAAUCUGAUCGAAUUCAUUCUUCUUCCUUUGUAUCUCAUGAUGUUUGGGUUGAUUAUAUUUCGAUGGCUCUCCACGGCGAGAAAUAUACGCGAGUUUAAAGAAAAUCCAAAAGAUUUUGUCAGUUUUCAAUAUUCGGCCGAAGCUGAUUCUAUGUUGCAAGGUGUAGUCGGAGUUGUCGCAUUUCUAUUAAACAUCAAGUUCUUGAAAUGUUUUCAGUUCUCGAAAUCAUUUUAUCAUGUCGGGAUGGUCAUGAAAACCUUCUAUGCUCCAAUGAUUUCAUUUAUUUUCAUCUACGGAAUUAUGUUUUUUAUGUUCGCUCAGGCUGGUCAUUUAUCAUUCGGUGCUCAAAGCAAAAACUACCAAACCCUCGUGCGUGCAUUUGUUGCGCAAUUUCUUCAUUUACUUGGAACGACAGAUUACGAAAAUGUUCGGGAUUCUCAUGCGAUCUUGGGUCCCAUAUAUUACAUCACAUAUUCUCUCUUCAUGUUGUUUAUAAUGUUCAAUGUUUUCAUGGCGAUUAUUUGUGAAGCGAUUGAUGAUGAUUUUGAGGAAGAAUAUGUGAAAAACAUCGGCGAUAUUGCCAUCGUUGACUUCGUGUUGAAGCGCCUUAAGGGUGUAAUUGGUGUAGCGCCAGUUGCCGACGAUUUGUCUCAGGGGACAAACGAUUACGAACAAGCGUAUCGAAAAAUGGACGUGAAAAUGUCGAGUCUUGAAAUGGCGGUGCAACGUCUCUACGAUAGGAUUCAUGAUGAUGGUGUUCAAUGUUCAAAGGAAAACUGGGAGGAAGAGGAAGCAAAUGAGGAGGAGGGUGUGGAGAAAAGUGGAGACGAAAAAGUAAGCAGUAUAUCAGGCAGUAUGGACAGUCUUCGCUUGUAAUAGACGAAGUUAAACAAAGAUUUACGAAAAAAUCCUGCCAGAGACAUACGAUGUGAAUAAUUGCACAAUAUUUGUUGAAUUUCGCUAUAUGUUUUUUUUAUUUUUUGCUUUAUGAACGUUGGCAUGUGUCAAAGUUAUGCACGCGCUCGCAAAAAGUAGAUUUUUACCAAUAAGUUUGUAUAAUUUAUUGAAAGCGUUUCUUUUUGUGAGCGCAUGUAAUGCGAUUUUCACUUACAUUUUCAGCAAUUUUCGCAAGCACUCACCUCGCUCAAAUGUUGUUUAAGUGAAAAUGACCUUAAUAGUCGUACUUUUUUAAGCACGAACGAUGUUACAUGAAAGUAACUAAAAUAUGUUUAUUAGCAGCAAGGGAAUGAAAAAGAAAGUUCUUGUUUUUACGAAACGAUAUUUAAAGUUAAUUUUUUUUGUUAUCCCAAAAUUGGUAACCUAAAAUUGAAAAGUUUUCUGUUAUAAGCAAGACUAGAGAGGAAUGUGAAAUAUGUUGCAACAUACGCACGCAUUUUAUUCACAAAAUAUAAUUUAUGUCAGAUCAUUUUUUGUCUCUUAUUUUUGUUUUUUAAUUAAUCCUAUACUCCUUUGAUUUUUUUCAGGAUACGACGCGGUUGAAAAAAAAAUUCACACCUGUAAAUUAUGAUCUUGAGAAAACACGAAAUGUUGUAGGAAGAAUAACACUGUUCAUAUUACUUUUGCACAUUCGCGCAAGAAAGUUUGUUAAAGUACAGAAAUUACGCGCAAAAUAUGAUUCUGAGGUUUGCACAAAAGAAUACAUUCAGCUAUAUUGUGUCUAAAAUCUAGAAUAUCUGUUUUUCUUUGUUAAUUUUGGAGGAAUUUAAAAUUCUAUAAUGUAAAUAUGCGUGAAAUACGUUUGUCCUUC